GCGGUAGUGAAAAACGAAGCUAAGAAACUGACCCCUUCAAUCCCCGAAUGCCCAGAGAUUCCUCCUCCUCCUCCUCCUCCUCCGCCGCUUCCCCGAGCUCCCAAACCUGUUGAUCCGCCAUACCCAGAUCCGAAAACCCGGACGGAGAACGGCAAAGAUGAAGCGGGAGCACCACCAUCUAUACCCCCAGACGGACCCCUCCACCUCCACCUCCUCAGCCGCCGCCGCCGCCGCCGCCGCCGGGAAGUCCAAGAUGUGGGACGAGGGCGGCGGCGGCGGCGACGACGAGCUCCUGGCCAUGCUGGGCUACAAGGUGCGGUCCUCCGACAUGGCCGAUGUGGCCCAGAAGCUGGAGCAGCUGGAGGAGGUCAUGUUCAGCGCCCAGGAGGACGGCCUCUCCUACCUCGCCUCCGAGACCGUCCACUACAACCCCUCCGACCUCUCCUCCUGGCUCGAGAGCAUGCUCUCCGAGCUCAAUCCCCUGCCCCCCGGCAGCUUCGGCGGCCCCCUCUCCGUCCCCGCCGCCGCCGCGGCGCCGCCGUCGCGGCCGCAGCCCGUGGGCGACCCGUUCCUCGCCGGCGCGGAGUCCUCCACCGUCACCACCGUCGACCUCGCGGCCGCGGCGGACCAACGGCUGCAGAGCAGCGGGAGGAGCUCACGGAGGAACGACCCGGUCCAGGAGAUGGGCUCCUCGGUGGUCGUGUUCGAUGAGGAGUCGUCUUCCGAUUACGAUCUCAAGGCUAUUCCCGGUAAGGCCGUGUUCGGCCGAGCCCCAACCCAAACCCGAACCCGAACCCGCCUCGCGUCUUCGUCCUCUUCUUCUGCUUCCUCGAGCGCCAUCACGGCCAAGCGCUUGAAAUCCUCUCCCGGCGAUGCGGCCGCCGGAGUCGCCACGGAUUCGACUCGGCCGGUCGUCCUGGUCGACUCGCAGGAGAAUGGGGUCCGCCUCGUGCACGCGCUCAUGGCCUGCGCCGAGGCCGUCCAACAGAGCAACCUCGGCAUCGCCGAGGCGCUGGUGAAGCAAAUCGGGUUCUUGGCGAUCUCGCAGGCCGGGGUGAUGAGGAAGGUCGCCACCUUCUUCGCGGAGGCGCUGGCGCGGCGGAUCUACCAGGUCUACCCGCAGAACGCCCCCUUGGACCACUCCCUCACCGACUCCCUCCAGAUGCACUUCUACGAGACCUGCCCGUACCUCAAAUUCGCCCACUUCACCGCGAACCAGGCCAUCCUGGAGGCCUUCGAGGGCAAGAGCCGUGUCCACGUGAUCGACUUCAGCAUGAACCAGGGCCUCCAGUGGCCGGCCCUGAUGCAGGCCCUCGCCCUCCGCCCCGGCGGACCGCCCUCCUUCCGCCUCACGGGGAUCGGCCCCCCCGCCCCGGACAACUCCGACCGCCUCCAGGAGGUGGGCUGGAAGCUUGCCCAGCUGGCCGAGACCAUCCACGUCGAGUUCGAGUACCGCGGGUUCGUCGCCAACAGCCUCGCCGACCUAGACGCGGCGAUCCUGGAGCUGAGGCCGAGCGACGCCGAGGCGGUGGCGGUCAACUCGGUGUUCGAGCUGCACAAGCUGCUGGCCCGGCCGGGGGCGAUGGAGAAGGUGCUGGGCGUGGUGCGGCAGGUGCGGCCGGAGAUCGUGACGGUGGUGGAGCAGGAGGCCAACCACAACGGGCCGGUCUUCGUGGACCGGUUCAACGAGUCGCUGCACUACUACUCCACCCUGUUCGACUCCCUGGAGGGCUGCGCCAGCACGCAGGACAAGGCCAUGUCGGAGGUCUACCUGGGGAAGCAGAUCUGCAACGUGGUGGCGUGCGAGGGUCCGGACCGGGUCGAGCGCCACGAGACCCUGGCCCAGUGGCGGGCCCGCCUCGACUCGGCCGGGUUCGCCCCGGUCCACCUCGGGUCCAACGCGUUCAAGCAGGCGAGCAUGCUGCUGGCCCUGUUCGCCGGCGGGGACGGGUACCGGGUGGAGGAGAACGGCGGGUGCCUCACGCUCGGGUGGCACACGCGGCCGCUCAUCGCCACCUCGGCGUGGCGGGUCGGCUGACCGGUGGCGCGUGGGCGACGGCGACGGCGACGACGCAGGGGUCCCCCCCACCACCACCACCACCGCCACCGAGGCCUAGUGGUGGGCGUGUCAACGUGCGACUCUGAGCUGGUUUCAGACACUGACAGAGACCCGCCACUCACCGCUUGUCUCCGGCCCCUCCACCCCAACCCGACACCCCCCCGAAAAAGAAAGUUGAAAAAAAAAAGUAGAAAUAUUCUAGUUUUUCUUUUUAGCUCGAAUUAGUAGGUUUUUUUUUAAUAUUAAUUUUUUUUCCUUUUUUUUUUUGGUACCAUUUUGUGUAAUUUCGAGGGGAUAUAUUCAAGAGGGUGAAUGUGUAAUUUAAAUGGGUGUGUAGCUGUGGUGUAAUAAGGGAAUAGAAGAAGCUAUUUCGCUUUUCAUUCGA